UCAGUCUUCUAAGCUCGAAUCGCACCUAUGCAAGAUGAUCGAGGUGUACAUCGCAGUAGGAGUGUUGGCCAUUUGUCUCUACUUCAAAUGGGUGUGCAGUUAUUGGCGUCGGGUGGCCAACAUUGACGGUCCCCAACCGCUGCCCAUAUUCGGAAACGGACUAGAACAGAUCACUGGAUCGAAGCAUUUUGGGGAGAUUUUUGAGGAAGUUUACAGGACAUAUCCGACGGCGUCAUGGGUCGGAAUCUACGAGCUGUUCAACAAACCUGCCAUCGUUGUACGAGAUUUGGAAUUGGUGAAGGACAUUCUGGUGGGAAGCUUUCAGCAUUUUAACAAAAACUCAUUCGAAGUAGAUGAGACCAUUGAUCCCCUUGUUGCGGUGAAUCCAUUUACCCAAUCCGGUGAUACAUGGAAGGAAACACGCGGACAGCUGGUACCGGUAUUCACGCAAUCAAAGAUCCGAGCAUGCUUUCCCAUCCUCAAAAAUGUAGCGGAAAACUUCUUGGAUUACGUGACCACCACACGUGAGAGCACUCCAGAUUUGGAGGCAAAGGAUAUUUGUUCCCGGUAUACAAUCGACGCGGUGGCCAGCUGUGCCUUCGGUAUCGAUGCGGAAUCGUUUACCAAUCCGAACUCCGAAUUUCAACGGGUGGGAUACGAAUUGUUCCACCCGAAUUCGAUUUCCGCCACCGUGCGAACAUUGCUGGCACUGUUUGCACCGAAAGUCGCUUCUCUGCUCCGGAUUCCCUUCGUCCCGCGGCACGUGGAUCGCUGGUUCCGCAAGUUGGUCAACGAAAUCAUCCGGCAGCGCAAGGAAGGCGAAGUCAAACGCCAGGACCUUUUCCAGGCCAUGUACGACUCCCUGGCGCAGAAUGGCACCAGCGAAGUCAAGGUCGACGAAAUCGUAGGCCAUUCGGUAACGUUCCUUAGCGAAGGUUUCGAAACCUCCAGCACUAUGAUGAGCUACUUGCUCUACGAACUGGCUUCGAACCAGCACAUCCAGGAUCGAGUACUGAACGAAAUCGAUUGCGUCCUGAAGGAGUACGAUGGGAAACUGACGGACGAAGCGGUCCAGAAGUUGGUCUACAUGGAACGAGCCAUGUACGAAACGUUGCGAAUGCACUCACCCGUUUUCACCUUGACUAAAGUUUGCACCAAGGACUACGAACUACCAACGCAGUAUGCAGAUGGGGCCGCGAAGCGUGUCACUAUACCGGUUGGAAUGUCGGCCAUCAUUCCGGUUUUUGCCAUCCACUACGAUCCGGAACUCUAUCCGGACCCGUGUCGAUUCGAGCCGGACCGCUUUCUGGACGAGAAUCGCAAGGCCCGACAUCGGUACGCGUUUUUAGGUUUCGGCGAGGGUCCAAGGAUUUGUUUGGGCAUGAAGUUCGGCCUGACCCAGAGCAAGAUCGGCAUAGCGACGCUGCUGACCAAGUACCGGGUGCAACAAUCGGACAAACAGCAACUUCCCCUGGAAAUAUCCAGGAAAUCGUUUCUGCUGUCGCCCAAGAAUGGUAUCUGGGUGAAAUUCGUGGAACGGCGAUAAGAGGUGUCUCACUUUACU